UCCGCCAUGGUUUUCCGCGUAUCUAGCUUUCCUGAGUCGUUCUCUAGCCCGUCAGAGUCCUCUACACAGCCCAGAAGACCUUCGGUCAAAUGGGACUUGGGCUCGGAUUACGAGGACGUUACCGAGGAGACUACUGCUUCUGGCUCGAACUUCCGGCGCGAGAGAUUAGACAGCCAGCCGGAUCUUGGCCUCCACAUCCAACCGCAGAUCUACUUCCUGCGGCCGCGGUCCCCAAUCCCCAAGUUGUUAUUCAGCUUAAUGAAUACCAACGAUGCCAAUGUGAAGAAGUUGUUACCCAAGAGCCAUUUAUCUCGGGUGAUUAUUCGUGACAACCUCAAUGCACAGCGCAUCUAUGAGAUGGAGAUGAAAGCCUCUGACAAGACCAAGAGGAAGAUGAGCUUCUUGUUCGACCACUUGAAAAAGAAGUUCAUGACGGACCAGCUGAGAAAGAUGAUACGCUGGAGGCGGGAGUCCCUGAGCACCCAGCAGUACUUGGAUAAGGAACGGGUCUGAAGACACUGGAGACGGAGAGCCGAGCCAACCACCAUAAACCAUGCAGAAUGAUCUGCCCCAAGAACACAAAACCACCCUGGUGAGAGCGGAGGAGCCCCAGAACAUGCUGGUCUCCACCAUGUAGAACAAUAAAAGGAAAGCCGCGGAUAGGAUAGGAGCACAAAACGCACCAGUUCUAACCUGCUUUGCUCCAUGCCAGCACACCACCCCCCACCCCAUCCCUGUGAAAUCCCUACAGCCACCGAUGCUCGGUGGAAGAGGCAGAGGCAAGCCUGUCUCCUUGGUUUGCACAAACAUGGAAACUUAAGCCUGUAUUUCCUUCUCUUGUUCCUAUGUCUGCCUCUCUCCCUACAUUGUCCCCCCCUCCUACC